GUUGGGGUAUUAAGUAUCAACACCUCUUCACCGGUGAGAAUUAAAUGCGCCCAAUCUUUGGUCCAAAUCAAGGGAAUUUGCAACCUGCAACCUCCCAAACCUUACCUUAUAUUUAUAAUCAUGCUUUUCUUCCCUUCCAAUAUUGGGCCCAUGCUAUACCUUCUCAUCCCCACAUUUAUUUAUCUUAUUAACCCAUAUAGUGUUAGUAACUCCUUGCUUCCCCAACAUGCAUAUAUACAGUGAUCUAUUUCAGCUCCAAAAGGAAACUAAGCAUUGAACUUUCAACACUCUCUAUUUGCGUGCUAUACCGUACCAUAGUCCAUAGUGGUUUGAUUCAGCAACCAGCAUGGUGGGUAUCUUCUCUUUGGUCACAGGGAGGCCCGGACCAAGUGGGUUUGGAUCCUCCUCAACUGCUGAACAAGUCACUCAAGGAAUUGAUGCUAGCAAUCUCACCGCAAUUAUCACAGGAGGAGCAAGUGGAAUUGGGUUGGAAACAGCACGAGUUCUGGCUCUUCGAAAGGCCCAUGUCAUAAUUGCUGCUAGAAACAUGGAAUCUGCAAAGGAAGCAAAACAACUCAUACUACUAGAAAAUGAGUCAGCUCGAGUGGACAUAAUGAAGCUCGACCUUUGCUCAGUGAAAUCUGUCAGAUCCUUUGUUGACAACUUCCUCGCUCUUGAUCUUCCUCUCAACAUCUUAAUAAACAACGCUGGAGUGAUGUUCUGCCCUUUUCAGCUGACAGAAGAUGGAAUCGAAAUGCAGUUUGCAACAAAUCAUCUUGGUCAUUUCCUCUUAACAAACCUUCUUCUUGACAAGAUGAAACAAACUGCAAAAACCACUGGAAUUGAGGGCAGGAUUAUAAAUCUGUCAUCAAUUGCUCACCUCUACACUUACGAAGAGGGGAUUCGAUUUGAUGACAUCAAUGAUGAAUUUGGUUACUCUGACAAGAGGGCUUACGGGCAGUCCAAAUUAGCCAACAUAUUACAUGCAAAUGAGCUUUCUCGUCGCUUACAGGAAGAGGGUGUUAACAUCACAGCCAACUCUGUCCACCCAGGGGUGAUAAUGACUCCUCUUAUGAGACACUCUGCUUUACUUAUGAAUUUUCUGAAGAUUUUCUCCUUCUUCAUAUGGAAGAACGUCCCACAGGGUGCAGCCACAACAUGCUAUGUUGCUCUACACCCAAGCUUGAAAGGUGUAACCGGGAAGUAUUUUCUGGAUUGUAACGAGUUUCCACCAAGUGCCCCUGCAUCAAACGAACUUUUGGGAAGGAAACUCUGGGAUUUUAGCAACAAGUUGAUCAAAUCAAUUUCAAAAGCCUGAUUGCACAUGUUGCUCCGGUGUUUUCUUUUUAGGACACAACCUCAUCUUGGUGUAUCAAAUUCCAAACUCGUCAUGCUUAAUAUACCUGCUACCAUUAUAUUCUUAAGUUCUAUAUAUAUAUAUAUAAGGAUAUUUCCUACACAUAUGAUUCGUAGUUAUCCCCGACUCCAUUUGUAUUUUGUAUGCGUUAUAUAGAGGUCUUUUUUAUGUAUAAAAAAUUUUCUUUUACUGAUAAGAAGCAAGGUAUUAAG